AUGGCUGUUGUUAUAAUUUUUCUUCAAUACUUGUGGGAAGUAUUGAAACACAAGUAUUUUAUUAUUGUGGCCGGUUUUCGAAUAAAUUACUUACUUCGAUCGACAUCGUAUAGAGUUUCCUACAGACGACUUUUUCUUCAUGAUAUAUCCAAACUAGGGAAAAGCGAAUUUUGGCCCUAUGCCGAAUACUUUUGUGGAAGUAAAGACAUCAAUCAAAAGAAACAUGAUGCAUUCCAUGUAGCUUGGUUACAUCAUGUUGCUCAUAAUGAUCAUCAUUGUGAACAUUUCAUUUCAAAUUAUUCUCAAAUAGCUAAACAAUUACGAAAUAAUCCAGAAUUAGCUCAAAACUAUUUAAGAGAAAUGCCCGAUGAUGCUAUUGUAGAAUUGGUUGUUGAUAAUGUGGCUGCCACUCGAUCGUACGAAGGAUAUUGGCCUAAUGGGGAUCAAAAGGAUGGAUGGACAUAUAUGACAAAAUACUUCAAUCAUUAUGUUCUUCAUCCAAAAACUCGUAUCAAAUUUGGUGCUCUCCUUUGUGCUCUCGGUUAUACUCAAGUAUUACCUAACGAAUUCGAUUGGACACAAAUGUAUCGAUCCGAUAUAUCUUCUGAUGAUCGGAUGAAACUUGCACAACUCAAAGCACUAGUAAACUGA